UCUUAUGUUUAAUACGGGGAAGGGCCACAGGCCAGAAAGGGGCUUCCCGCCUCCCCUCCGUCUCCGUGGGAAGCAGCCGAGCAGCUCCAGCCACUUUAAGGGUUAAGAAAGGACGCCGGAGCGGAAGGAAAGGGCGCAAAGGAGGGACGUCCCUCUCCUGCCCCGCCUCUCUGCCAGAACUGCGGGCUGGGAGCGCCGGAGGAGCCCCUCUUCGGGCGAUGUUGGCCGGCAGGGUUGCGUGGGGGGCGCCUCCCAAGAAAGGAUACAUCUGCGGAGUCAAGGCUGAGGGAGAACCAUCUGAAGUAUCACUGGAAAAAGCUGAGGAGCAGAUGCAGGAGCAGAGACUGAGGAGUCAAGAUGGAGCAAAGAGACAAGAGGAGCGACAGAGGCACACAGGGGAAAAACCUUAUCAAUGCUUGGAGUGUGGAAAGAGCUUCAGUCGGAGUAGCCACCUUACUUCGCAUCAAAGAACUCACACAGGGGACAAACCUUAUCAAUGCUUGGAGUGUGGAAAGAGCUUCAGUCGGAGUAGUGCCCUUACUUUGCAUCACAGAACUCACAGAGGAGACAAACCUUAUAAAUGCUUGGAGUGUGGAAAAGGCUUCAGUCGGAGUAGCCACCUUACUUCGCAUCAAAGAACUCACACAGGGGACAAACCUUAUACAUGCUUGGAGUGCGGGAAGAGCUUCAGUAAGAGUAGCCACCUUACUUUGCAUCAAAGAACUCACACAGGGGACAAACCUUAUACAUGCUUCGAGUGCGGGAAGAGCUUCAGUCAGAGUAGCCACCUUACUUCGCAUGAAAGAACUCACUCAGGAGACAAACCUUAUAAAUGCUUGGAGUGUGGAAAGAGCUUCAGUCGGGGUAGCACCUUUACUUCGCAUCAAAGAACUCACUCAGGGUACAAAACUUAUACAUGCGUCGAAUAUGGAAAGAGCUUUAGUCAGAGUGGCCACCUUACUUUGCCUCAAAGAACUCACUCAGGAGACAAACCUCAUAAAUGCUUGGAAUGUGGAAAGAGCUUCAGUCGGAGUAGUGCCCUUACUUUGCAUCAAAGAACUCACUCAGGAGACAAACCUUAUAAAUGCUUGGAGUGUGGAAAGAGCUUCAGUCAGAGUAGCACCCUUACUUCGCAUCAAAGAACUCACUCAGGGGACAAACCUUAUAAAUGCUUGGAGUGUGGAAAGAGCUUCAGUCAGAGUAGCACCCUGACUGUGCAUCAAAGAACUCACACAGGAGACAAACCUUAUAAAUGCUUGGAGUGUGGAAAGAAGUUCAUUACGAGUAGCCACCUCACUUUGCAUCAAAGAACUCACACAGGGGACAAACCUUAUACAUGCUUUGAGUGCGGGAAGAGCUUCAGUCGGAGUAGCAACCUUUCUUCGCAUCAAAGAACUCACACAGGGGACAAACCUUAUCAAUGCUUGGAGUGUGGAAAGAGCUUCAGUCAGGGUAGCUACCUUUCUUUGCAUCACAAAACUCAUACAGGGGAAAAACCUUAUCAAUGCUUGGAGUGUGGAAAGAGCUUCAGUCGGAGUAGCCACCUUACUUCGCAUCAAAGAACUCACACAGGGGACAAACCUUAUCAAUGCUUGGAGUGUGGAAAGAGCUUCAGUCAGCGUAGCAACCUCACUUCGCAUCACAGAACUCACACAGGGGACAAACCUUAUCAAUGCUUGGAGUGUGGAAAGAGCUUCAGUCGGAGUAGUGCCCUUACUUUGCAUCACAGAACUCACAGAGGAGACAAACCUUAUAAAUGCUUGGAGUGUGGAAAAGGCUUCAGUCGGAGUAGCCACCUUACUUCGCAUCAAAGAACUCACACAGGGGACAAACCUUAUACAUGCUUGGAGUGCGGGAAGAGCUUCAGUAAGAGUAGCCACCUUACUUUGCAUCAAAGAACUCACACAGGGGACAAACCUUAUACAUGCUUCGAGUGCGGGAAGAGCUUCAGUCAGAGUAGCCACCUUACUUCGCAUGAAAGAACUCACUCAGGAGACAAACCUUAUAAAUGCUUGGAGUGUGGAAAGAGCUUCAGUCGGGGUAGCACCUUUACUUCGCAUCAAAGAACUCACUCAGGGUACAAAACUUAUACAUGCGUCGAGUAUGGAAAGAGCUUUAGUCAGAGUGGCCACCUUACUUUGCCUCAAAGAACUCACUCAGGAGACAAACCUCAUAAAUGCUUGGAAUGUGGAAAGAGCUUCAGUCGGAGUAGUGCCCUUACUUUGCAUCAAAGAACUCACUCAGGAGACAAACCUUAUAAAUGCUUGGAGUGUGGAAAGAGCUUCAGUCAGAGUAGCACCCUUACUUCGCAUCAAAGAACUCACUCAGGGGACAAACCUUAUAAAUGCUUGGAGUGUGGAAAGAGCUUCAGUCAGAGUAGCACCCUGACUGUGCAUCAAAGAACUCACACAGGAGACAAACCUUAUAAAUGCUUGGAGUGUGGAAAGAAGUUCAUUACGAGUAGCCACCUCACUUUGCAUCAAAGAACUCACACAGGGGACAAACCUUAUACAUGCUUUGAGUGCGGGAAGAGCUUCAGUCGGAGUAGCAACCUUUCUUCGCAUCAAAGAACUCACACAGGGGACAAACCUUAUCAAUGCUUGGCGUGUGGAAAGAGCUUCAGUCAGGGUAGCUACCUUUCUUUGCAUCACAAAACUCAUACAGGCGACAAACCUUAUAAAUGCUUGUAGUGUUGGAAGACCUUUCAUCAGAAUGGCUACCUUCAGGCACAUCAAAGGAUCUGUACAAGGGAAGAGAUUUAUCAAUGCUUUGAAAAGUUUGUUGUUGUUAUGUGACUUCAAGUUGAUUAAGACUUAUGGCGACCCUAUGAAUCAGUGACCUCCAAGAGCAUCUGUGAUGAACCUCCCUGUUCAGAUCUUGUAAGUUCAGGUCUGUGGCUUCCUUGAUGGAGUCAAUCCAUCUCUGUUUGGCCUUCCUCUUUUUCUACUCCCUUCUGUUUUUCCCAGCAUUAUUGUUUUUUUCUAGUGAAUCGAGUUCCAAGGGCCAGAUAGAAAGGUCUGGAGGGCCACAUUUGCCCCGCCCUCAGGGCCAGAUGUUCCGCAUCCCUGGGUUGAAGGCUAACAUCCAGUCCUCACAGCAUGACUAUGUUCUCUGUUGUUUCAAGAGGCAGCUCAGGCCCUGCCCGGGGGAUUGAAAGUACACUAUUUCUAGAAGAGAUGUACAAAUAAGUAUAAAGCAGGCAGGUAUAACUGUCAAUCAACCAAAAAAGGGACAUCCCCUCAUUUCCUCCCCGCCCUCAAGAAAGGUAAUGAAAGGCAAGCAAGGGAUGGUGCUUGAGGGAAGGGUGCAGUGUAGCAGAAUAUUGUCGUACUAUCCUUCUGGAAAGUCUGCAUCCUCUGAGCAUGGAAAGAUGGUCUCCCAGAGGGAGAAUGAUGGGAUGCCCAUAGA